AAGUCUAUUGGGCCCAAUAAACUAGUGAAUUGAGUAUCUAACCUAGAUAUAAAUACUAACAGCUAAAAAUGUGAUAACGCACCAUUCUCUUGAGAUCAACCCACUGCUCCUUCUUCGGUUCCAGCGUUAAGCAGAUUUACAUUUCAACAUCAUGGCGACUCAGAUCAGCAAGAAGAGAAAGUUUGUAGCGGACGGUGUGUUCUACGCCGAGUUGAAUGAGGUGCUCACUAGGGAGCUAGCAGAGGAUGGGUACUCAGGUGUGGAGGUUAGGGUCACUCCAAUGAGGACUGAGAUUAUCAUCAGAGCUACUCGUACUCAAAAUGUUCUAGGUGAGAAGGGAAGGAGGAUUAGGGAGCUGACAUCGCUUGUGCAGAAGAGAUUCAGAUUCCCUCAAGACAGUGUUGAGCUUUACGCUGAGAAGGUUGCCAACAGAGGUCUCUGCGCCAUUGCUCAGGCUGAGUCUCUCCGUUACAAGCUCCUCGGUGGUCUGGCUGUUCGCAGGGCUUGCUAUGGUGUCUUGAGAUUCGUCAUGGAGAGUGGAGCUAAGGGAUGUGAGGUGAUUGUGAGUGGAAAGCUCCGUGCUGCGCGUGCCAAGUCCAUGAAAUUCAAGGACGGUUACAUGGUUUCCUCUGGUCAACCUACCAAGGAGUACAUCGACUCUGCUGUCAGACAUGUCCUGCUUAGACAAGGUGUGCUCGGAAUCAAGGUGAAGGUCAUGCUUGACUGGGACCCUAAGGGAGUAACGGGACCAAAGACACCAUUGCCUGAUGUUGUGAUCAUCCAUACUCCCAAGGAAGAAGAAGUAAACUCUGCACCUGCUCAGGUUGAUGCUCCGGCUGCUUUUGUACCCGAAGCUCCCCUCACUGCCGUAGAUUACCCUGAGAUGAUCCCUGUCGCCUAGAAGACCUUUUAUGUAAUUUUGUUCCUUUUUGUUGAACUUUUCUCACCCUCUUUUGACAGUUUUUUGUUUCUUGUAUCUUCGAAUCAGACACCUUUCCUCAAAUCGAUUUUUCCAAUUA